GGAGUCAGUCAGUCAGUAGCCCCUUUACUACAAUUUGCUAUCGCGCGCGCGCUGUGAGCAGGAGUAUGGUCUGUUGCCCACCUCUGCCCCUGCCCCAGCCCCUACCCCUCCCCCAGCCACUUCAUCCUCGGCAUCCUCGGCCCAUCCCGUCUUCUUCUUCUUCGUCCACCUCCAGCUGCGCGCCCACCCGCCCCGCCCCACCCCCUCCUUCCUAUUAAACAGUCGCGCCCAGCAGUCCUUCCCCCCGUCUUGUCAUCACUCUCCUCCUCCUCCUGCCCGCUUAAAGCCACCGAGCGAGCCCCCCCUUCCUGUUCUCUUGUGCGUCUCCUUCCUCGUCUUCUCUGCCUUCCGCCUUUGCUCGUUUGUACGCUAGCGUCUUCGUCGUCAGGCUCUCCCCUCGGAUAGAGCCCCAACGCGCAUAGCCGCCUAGUUUUGAACAAGCACCCUCCAAGUCGGCCAUUCCCCCUCCCCCCGACGCUCCCAGCCAGGCCAGACCAGACCAGCCAGCCAGCCGCGGCCAGCCCCAGCCCCAGCCCCGGGCCAGCCAGACGCGGGGCGGGCCUAGUUGAUAUGUGCCCCACAUUUUCCGCCUUGUUUCUGGGGUGCACCACCGUCGACAGACAGACAGACAGCCAGAGCAUCGCUAUAGCUCGGCACAAGCGUUAGUUGAAGAACUAGUUGUAAGCUGAGAGUAGCGCUGCCGGAGUUAUGGAGGCGUCCAAGUAGUGUGACAUCGAACCAGAACCAGCUGGAGGAGUAGGCGGAGCAGCAGCAGCAGCAGAAGAAGAAGAAGAGGGACAGAGCAGAGGGCAGAGAAGUGAGAGCGAGCGACCGGGUCACGUAGUUGUAGUAGUUGUUGUCGUCGUCGUUGACGCUUGAGAUUUGCUGUUUCGAUAGAUCGCCGAGAGGUUGCGAGCGGAGGGCGAAGAGGAUAGCGAGGAGCGGCAGGCAAAUCUCGUUACCUCGCCUUUGCGCUUUGCAUUGCCUCGUCUCUGCCCGCCUCGCCUCGCGAGUUGAACACGGAGCGCGAGAGGGGAGUCGAGCGAGAGACAGCGGAGAGAAGGUGAGAGAGAAGUGAGAGAGUGAGAGGAAGCGGAAGGGGAGGGGAGGAGAGGAGAAGAGAGGAGAGCGCGGCUCGUCCUCGUUGUUUUUCGGGACCUCCCAUGGCGACUGCAGCCAAAGACAGGCUGGUGACAAAGAUCCACGACAAGUGGUACGACUUGACGGACUUCGAAAAAAUCCAUCCGGGCGGUCCCGUGGCGCUGGGGCUGGCAUCGGGGCGGGAUGGGACCGUCAUGUUCGAGAGCCAUCAUCCGUUCACUCAUCGCAAGAUUCUCGACGCCAUUCUGCAAAAGUACGAGCUGGAUGAAGAGUCUUCGCGGCAUUUGAAGACUCUGGAGGAACAACACGGAAUCGCCGAGCACCGAUUCAACUGGAAGAGCGAGUUCGGCGACGCGCUCAAGUUUCACGUGAAGGAGUAUUUCGAAGCCGAGGCCAAGCGCCGAAAUGUGUCUCUCGUCGCCGCGACCAAAGCUCCGCCGGAGCGAUGGUUCGAAAUAGCAGUGCUCGGAGUGAUUUUCUUUGCCACUUUAGUUUCUUUCAUCCGCGGCGAUUGGAUUUCCUUGUUCACCUGUCCGCUGGGCGUCUGGGUAUUCGGAGUCAACACAUUCCACGAUGCGGCGCAUUUCGCCCUGCACAAGAACUGGAGAGUAAAUUGCACCGUUCCCUACCUCUUUCCGCACUUUUCCAGUCCAUUCGUCUGGUACCAUCAACACAACAUUGGACAUCACAGUUACCCCAAUGUAGCUCACCGAGAUCCUGAUUUGGUCCACCACUACUGGAUGAAGCGCGAGCACAAGAGUGUCAAGUGGCUGCCUGCCCACGAGAAGCAACGCAACUUGUCUUUCCUGGUAUUCUGGUGGACCGUGGCCGUGGAGUUUGGGCUGGCCACCAUGGAAGAUCUCUGGAUGGUGAUGUACAAUGUUUACAACGAGUCCGUUCCCAUGAAGGUGAUCAGCAAAAAGAGGUUGUUGUGUCACGUCAUAGGACGUGUGUUUACGAUCGGGGGUAUCCACGUCUGGCCUUUCUUUGUCUUCGACACCUGGACCCGGAGCAUCAUUUUCGCCACGAUUCCGUAUCUCUGGUUCUCGUUUUUGUUCAUGAUGAACACGCAGAUCAACCACCUUACGCCCGAGACCGCCCACGAAGCAGAUCAAGAUUGGUACAAGCACCAGGUGAUCACGGCACAAGAUUUCGGGGUGGCCAGUCGAUUUUGCUUUCUUAUGAGCGGCGGUUUGAAUUACCAGGUUGUACACCAUUUGUUUCCGACAGUCAAUCAUUGCCAUCUCGUCAAGCUGCAACCGAUUGUUGCUCGCUUGUGCGAAAAGCACGGUGUCGAAUACAAACAGGUAGCUGGCUACGCUGCAGCCAUCAAAGCGCAUCACGCGCAUACUGUCAAUAUGUCAUUCAAGGAUAACGAAAAUUGAACUUGAAUGUGUGGCCGAACACCGACCCGCUCGCCACCUUCGGAUGUGACACAUUUUUACGUUUAUGUACCAAAUUAGUGUCGACGCCGUUUUCCAUGCAGAGUGCCUGCCGCGCCAGGCUGGUUUGCCUCGUUUUUAAGGCUUGCGAAUGGACGGAUAAACCCUGUCAGUAGUUCAGAACCAUCAUCAUCUUUCUCUUCUUUGCCUUGGGUCGUGGAUCUCGCCGGCAUGUGCUGCUGUUUGAUGGAGAUGAGCUAUGGGAGGAUUUGGAAGCCUACUCGAUUCGCCUGUGAAGGCACGGGGUACAGUAGUCGAAGCGUUCAUUUCCAAAGAUCUUCUGUCAGAUAUUCACUAGAGAUUCUGCAUGUUGUACACUUUGUGAUUAGUAGCCUCUUUCUGAGGGCCAAGGUACUCGUUUCGAAGAAAUUCAAGAUUCUGGGCAUGUCGGCCUUGUCUUGAAAUCUAGCAAUCCCUAAGAUAUAGAGGUCACCGAGAUACAGAGAACUCAAAAGGUUUUCUACUUUGGCAUGGGCCGAAACAGGAUAUCUGCGAGGGAAAGAACAGAGUAGCUUCAAACCUGAGGUUCGACCCUCUUUCUUUGUUUGGGAAGCUGAGGCAGUUUUCCUCUGAUUGGUCUACAAUUUUGCUUCAUUCGUUCUCGGGAAAGAGAUCUGAAUUCGGAGUUGAAUUUACGCUUGGAAGUGGGCGUAAUUAAUUCUUCUGCCUCGGAAGGUAUGUCCUCGUACACUAUUAACCUCGCACGACCACAGCAGUAGAGUGGUGGACGCAUUGAGCGGAAUUUGAUCAGGCGCACCACAUCAAAGAAAGGUAGAUUAUGCAAGAGUAAGGUAGUAAUCUGUGUUCUCUGCGAACAUUUUAUAAGUGCUUGCGAAUGCUGUCACCUGAUAGUAGUAGUUCGAAAUUUUAGUAGAUAGCUGAAAAGUACCGUAUUCCUGCAGUCACUUGGUAAAAACAAUGAGCUGAAUCUUGAACCGACAAUUCUUUUUAAUCUAGAAUGAUCUUGUACGCGAGAGAUCAAGCUAUCUGGUAGGAACAUCAAGAUAGAGGCUGACGGAUACAGUAAGAAUCCAUUAGUGUUAGUUUAGGCACAGCCGAUUGAAUGUACAUCAUUUUUUCACUCUUCGCAUACAAGCUUGUUGAGUAAAGUAUACUCUCAACCGGGCACGUUCUGCUG